AUGGGUCUCAUUGGGAAUCUGGUCUAUUACCCAUUCCACCCGUUCGAGCUGCGCGCUAUUAUCCAAUGGAAAGUCUGGCACAACCCUCCUCACGAGAGAAAUGAGGCAGAGGACACCGAGAACCAGAAGCUCUGCUUCAAGCUUCUGGACAUGACUAGCCGUAGCUUUGCUGCUGUCAUCAAGGAGCUCCACCCAGAGAUGCUGAUGCCUGUGUGCAUAUUCUAUCUCGUCCUCCGUGGGCUGGACACCAUUGAGGAUGAUACCUCGAUCCCGCUGAAGACCAAGGAGCCACUCUUGCGGUCAUUCAAGGACUUCCUCACUCAAGAUGGCUGGACCUUCGAUGGAAAUCGUCCUGAGGAAAAAGACCGGGAACUGCUGGUUCGGUUCGACUGCGUCAUUAAGGAGUUCAAGGCCAUGAAGCCUGCCUACCAAGCCAUCGUGAAGGACAUCACCGACAAGAUGGGUAACGGUAUGGCGGACUACGUGGUCAAGGCUGAGAACGAUGGGAUCAGCGUGACGACCGUUGAAGAAUACGAUCUUUACUGCUACUAUGUUGCUGGAUUGGUGGGCGAGGGUCUUACCCGCCUCUUUGUUGAGGCUGGGUUUGGAAACCCUGCUCUGCUUAAACGCCCCAACCUCCAUAAGUCCAUGGGCCUCUUCCUCCAAAAGACGAAUAUCAUCCGAGACAUCCGAGAGGACUUUGAUGACAACCGUCGGUUCUGGCCCAAGGAGAUCUGGUCCAAGUACGUGGACAACUUUGAGGAUCUCUUCAAGCCCGAGAACAAGGAACUGGCGCUCAACUGUAACUCCCACAUGGUUCUCAAUGCUUUGGAACACAUGGAGGAGUGUCUUUUCUAUCUUGCUGGCCUGCGCGAGCAAAGUGUGUUCAACUUCUGUGCCAUUCCCCAGUCAAUGGCCAUUGCCACGAUGAAUUUGUGCUUCCGUAAUUACGACAUGUUCCAGCGCAAUAUCAAGAUUACCAAGGGCGAAGCCUGUGGUUUGAUGGUCCAGUCCACACAGAAUCUGUCUGUCUUCUGCGACACUGUCCGUCGCAUCACUCGCGAAAUUCACCAAAAGAACACCCCCAAGGACCCCAACUUUCUGAAGAUCAGCAUCGUCUGUGGCAAGAUUGAGAAGUUCAUCGAGACCAUCUUUCCGUCGCAGAAGGCCGAGGAUGCUCAGCGCCAGGUCAAGGGCGAGCAGACUCUAGCUGAGGCCAAGAAGCGCGAGGAAGACGCCGAGAACAGGAACGAUAUGUGCAUCAUGAUGCUCAUCAUGUUUGGCAUUGUCUUCUUUGUGGCCCUGAUCAUGAUGGGCACCGCCUGGUUCCUGGGUGCCCGUUUCGACUUGGCCUUUAAGGAGAUCACGUCUGGCAACUUUAGACCUUCCGAGGCCAACAAGCUCCUCGCCCGCAACGGCGAACUGUGA